AUGACCAUGUCGGUACUUGAGUCCCUAUGGGGAACUAUAUUAUCCAUCCCAACGAAACAGGCCGUGGAUAUCUUUAUCAUUUUCGCUGUCUGUAUAUGGUUUAUUAUCGUCGUCUCACGGAAAUGGGUUUCUAGUACGACCAAAGCCUCGAAAGGUGAUCUAGAGAAACCCGUGCGAGGAAAGGUCACUAGGCCACCUGGUGAAUGGACUCCAUCGGACUUCAAACGGCCAACAGCAGCCCCAUACGCAGGAUGGGAUGUCCACUCGACGAAGCCAAUUCCCUACCGGCCGUUUAGAUAUGGCCCAAAAUACUACGUCACACUAGGUUUAAGAAGCAUGAAAUGGGACGAAUGGAUCGAGCUCGACAACCACUAUCUCAAGUACCACGCCGACAAAUCACGCCGCAUUGAAGAGCGCGGCAGCAAAUGCUGCCACACCGCACCAGAGGCAAUGGAUGCUGCAAUUGAACUACUGGAAGAACUAUGCGCCUACCUCCCCGAAAGAUACCCAAGCAUGUUCACCAAGACCGCAACAGGAAUAACCAACAAAGUAACCUACGAAACCUUCAACAUAACCCAACGCCCACUGCCAGAAGACCCAAUGGCAACAGCCGCCCGACUCGUCCAAGACGACCUAGCACUAAUGAUCGAGCGCCCAGACGGCGAAUACUACCUCCUCGCCGGCGCAGUCCUAUUAGCGGGAUUCUGGCGACUGAGCGACAAGUUCGGGAUGCGGCUCUCAGAAAUCCACACAUCAGGCGACGUACCGCAGUACAAGAGCAAGCUGGAAAAGGGGAUGCUGAAUUUCUUCCGCCGACUGCGGCCCGAAGAGCCGGUUCUUCGGAACAAUUAUUUCAUCCAGGUCGACGAUAACCUGGCGUGGUCGCAUAGUAUUGGGCCUGAGGAUGCCGAGACGGUGUCGUGGAAUACGGCGGAGAAGAACCGGGCAAUUGAGAAUCAUUUCUUCCGCUCCGAGAGGCAGUCGCUGAGAAGAUUGCCCAGAUCUGGGGCGGUGGUUUUUACCAUUCGGACUUAUUUUGAGCCUGUUAUUGGUAUUGCUGAGGAGCCUUAUGUCCCUGGCCGUUUGGCGGAUGCGGUUAGGAGCUGGGGGGAUGAUGUUGGGAGGUAUAAGGGGAAGGAGAAGUAUCAGGAUGUUCUGUUGGAGUAUCUGGAUGAGAAGCAUAGACUGCAGGUUGAGGGGGGGUUAGAUGUUGAGAAGGAGGAUGAGGUUAGGAGGUAUCCUCUUUGA